AUGAAACCAGCCCACUACAGUGUCAGUGGAGACAGUGAAGGGAUCCAGAGCACCACUUCCACCACUGCUGUCAUGGAAGAUCCCCUCCUGGGUCAACAAAAGCUGAAGGGGGAAUCUGGCAGUCAUGAAGUGAUAUCCAACUACUCUCAGCCAUUGGGUUGUCAGAGAAAUACAGUUAAAACUGAAAAUUUUAGAUUAUCACUGAACUGUCCUCCAAAGCUUUUUGCCCAGAAGCCAUAUUUUCCCUUGAGCGAUUCUGUGAGCAAGUUUGUGAGAACUGGGACCGUGGUGCUGGUCCUGGCAAGAAGCUACUUCCAAAGCGAAGUGGUCCUUGUGAAGAAUCUAAGGACUGCCACCUCAAACCAGCCCUACAGUCAUGCUCUGGUGUCUGGAAUUGACCAGUAUCCUAGCAAAGUGACAGCUGCCAUGGGCAAGAAGAGGUCAAAGAUCAAAUGUUUUGUGAAAGUUUGUAACUACAAUCACCUCUUGCCCACAGAGUACCCUGUGGAUAUCCUCUUGGACAAACCUGUCGGCAACAAUGAUGUGUUUAGAAACCCUGCUCUUAAAUACAAGGCUGAAGAGGGGCUGAGGUCAAGUUCAAGAUGUACAAGAACAGCAAGAACAAAUGGUUCUUCCAGAAGCUGCGGUUUUAGCUCUGUUUUGUUUCAAUCAUUACAAAUUAUAAAUAAAUAUAUAUAUAUUAUAUAA